GUUUUAUUCACCUUUCGGAUGCGCUGCGAUACGGACGGACAGCCGAAAACGGGCGAGUGUACGCGUUGUUUUAUUCGUUCCUAAUGAAAACGAGAUGAUCCUGUGUGAUCGGUCGGUUUGUGCGAUUUAGUGUAAAAUACUAUGUACUAGCCCAUUGUGGAGUGGUGAAGGAAGAUUGGUCGAAAUAUGAUUGGAGAUGAAAAAUAAAACAUGAAUGUUUAGAAAUGUGUUCGAGAUAGUGGCAGUGAUGAUUAUGAAAAAGUAAAAAUUUUAAAGUUGAGUUAAUAGUUUUGGCUUUUUUUUCGGUUUUUCAAAUUAAAAAAAACGUGAAAACAAAAUAGAACAAAAUACGUGAAACAUUAGAGACGUCAUCCGAUUUUAAACGAUAGCUAAGUGAGGAAAAUCUGUGUAUCUUGUUCGUCGUUGGGCAUACACAGAUUUGCAGAUUUCAAUGUUUGUUCUGAAAGUGAAAGUUAAGAACGUCGUAAGUAUGAGGAUCGAAAUCAGAAAUAUCUGUCUGUUGACGAUUGUGACAGCGCUAGUUAAUAUAACGACCGCGUCAUCUGUGGUACCCGCAAACAGUUUCCUAAAUCUGGAAGAGUUCAAUAGUUCGCCCACCCGUCAUAACCACCGGCAUCAUCCAUCACCUGAGCAACAGCAGCAACAUCCGCAGGAUAAUUUCAUCCUGAUUGACUACUUGAGCGAUGGUGAGGCGGAGCGUCGUGUCAGUUGGAACGGGAUAGCCGGCAAGGAGACUAGCAUCGGUGAUAGUAGUAAAACCCUCAGCCUUUGGCAAAUGUCCAAUGGCAGAAGCUUCAUCCAGAUGAUCUACACCAGCGACGGUCAGCUGAUGGAUUGCGAGUAUGUGCGACAGAAGAAACUUAUCAAGGAUUUCCGGGCGCGUUUCUACAACGAAAUAGAACAAGCUCGGGCUCGAAACUUCAGCUCACCUGCGGCAUCUGCAGCGGGGCGACACCCGCUGGUGUCAGAUCACGACUUCCGAGAGUUCCUGGAGAAUGGAAUCGUCACGUCCGAAAUGGAAGACUUGCAGUACAAUAUUCAAGAGUUUUCGGACAACACCUCGCCGGUGUCACUAGGCGAUGCGUUCGGAAUGCGAAAUCUAACUUACAUCCCGGUGCACAGUGAAGCGGACAUACCGAAAGAUUUGCUGAAACAGCUAAAUUAUCGCAGACUAAAACACCAGUGCGAUCAACGUCACGUACAGAUGCGUGAUCUUGCGCAUGGUUUGCAAAGUAGUGACCCUCAGGAACGUCAAAUCGCUGGAGAAUCCCUUCAAAGGCACAAACGCGCCAUUGCCGAUUGGUUCCUUUCGCCCAACACCAAGUGGUGUGGAAGAGGUCACUCGGCCGAAAGGUAUCACCAGCUAGGAGGCGCAUCCCGGGCAGAUAUGUGUUGCCGUCAGCACGACUACUGUAAAUUAAAUAUUCCCGGCAUGGCUACCAAGUGGGAACUGUUUAAUUACCGUCCGUAUACGAUCAGUCACUGCAGCUGUGAUCAAAGGCAGCGCCGGGAUCUUUCCAGCAUGUUUCGUUUGCCCGGCACCAAGUGGUGCGGCAAGGGAUGGAGUGCCCGUAACUACGUCGAAAUGGGCGGAUUGUCGAAGGCGGAUCGCUGCUGCCGCCAGCACGAUCUGUCUUGCCCAUUUUGGAUCCUGGGCUUCGAAACCAAGUACGGGGUGUUCAACUGGCGCGUGAACACAUUGAUGCACUGCAGCUGCGAUGAGAGAUUCCGCACUUGUCUUAAAAUGGCCGACUCCAGUGACGCUAACAUGGUCGGCAAGCUGUUUUUCAAUAUCGUGCAAUCGAAGUGCUUCGUGCUGAAGCCAGAACCCGUGUGCACCAAGCUGUCCUGGUGGGGUAAAUGCGAGAAAAAAGUUCGCCGGAAACGGGCCCACAUUCGGGACAACAGAAAGUACUAGGCACCCAUCUUCGAUGGGUUUAAGUAUUUAUGCAUCAGCUUAGCUGGUGAUGAAACGUUUGGGGACUAAUCACUGAAAGUCACAUCACUCAAACUGUACUAUUUUCGGAUCGAAACCAAAACGAAACUCGGAUGUUGCAGAAGGCAGAAGGAUAGCACUUAAAAUUGUGACGACUGUUAUAAUGAAGUUAUUUAUUGGAUAGCGUGCUAAGUUAAUUUAUUAGUAGCACAAAUUGAUGCCUGUGGCAUCGCAACUAUUGUCUCCUUUAUCAAUGAUUCCUAUUAAUUUGUAAGAGCUAUUGGAGACGGUGAACGUUUCCACUGCUAUUGUCUUAGGAGAUACAAAUUAAAAAAAAACAGAUGCUGCUUACGUCACCGUAGCCAACCAAGACCAUCUACAGAACUGAAACUGGAUGAAAGUCAUGUUCAAGGAUCGACACUCUUAAAUUGAUGGUACAAAUUCCAUGACAAAAUUUCGCUGUAAAUAUUUCAUUUAAACCUGUGCCGUUCACUCACUUCGUUCGAUCAUUUGAACCAGAAAACAAAGGCAAUUUAUCCACUUUCUGCCAACUGACCGGGAAAUGAAAACCGAGUUGAAUAUGCUUUUAAAAUAACAAUAAAGCCACUUAAAACCGUAUAUUGUAUCGUAAUUACACCAGAAAAUGUACUCACGUUAAUUGUAUAGGAUGUAAAUAUGAAGUAAAUAUGUUUAGUAAUUUUAAUGAAUUAAUAGGAAAAGUUAGACAUUGAAUAAAAAGUCUCGAAAAAAGUGAUGAUCAAAAAUAAUUUAGAAUCAGAAUGUUUUGUGUGAAUGUGAUUAUUGGGAAUGUUGGAAAUUGCGAUGAAGAUAAGAUAGAGAAGUGAUAAAACUAUUUUAAGCAACUAAAAUUGUAAUGUGUACUUAAUUUAAAUUUAAGAGAGGUAAAUUAUGCAGUACGUUAUAAAAACUGUUAGAAAAUAAUUUUGUAAAUAU